AUGUUCUUGAACACGGCCUCCCCCCGGAGAUCCUUCAGCAUCCCCAUUAACAUCAACCUGCAGGGCGCUCGCAGGCGCCAGACACGGGAGCUUCUCCAGCGGGCGGCGGCCCAGGAGAAAGAGGGGAGCCGAGUUCGGGACGGCGCCGGUGAGCGGCCGCUUCGGACCCCCCCGGCGGUGGCGAGCAUCGGCGAAGAACGAGCCAUCUUAUUGGGCUUCGGCAUGAUGGCCUUCUCUGCGCUCAUGUUCUUUGUGGUGGGGAUCGCCGUCGUCAAACCGCACCUUAACAGUAAGUGGGAGGAGGAGGACAGCUGCGUGCUGCUGCACACUGAAAUCUUGGCCGAGCGGGCGGACUGCAGAGGCGUGAGCGGCGUGCCGUGCCUGGCGGUCACCGUCAACCUCAGCCGCGCCAAUCGAAAAGCCUUCCUGCACUAUGACGAGGAGUCGCUGAUGCUUAUGCCAAAGUGUUUCUACAUCCCUAAAUGUCAAAUGGAUGAAAGCGAACUCCUAGGCGAAGCCCUGAGGGUGAAAAGCAACUUGGACUCUCAGCUGGGAAGCGGCCGCCGGUGCCUCGCGGACCCGGCCGGGCACCCCGGGGAUGUCAUCUUGUAUCGGAAAUACACGCUGAGCGGGAGCCUCUACGCGUUGCUGUGGCCGAGCUUGACGCUGGCCGGCGGAGCCCUGCUGGUGGGCCUGGUCAAAGCCACGCAGCGUCUCGCUCAUCUGUCGGCCCGGAUGCGAGACGGGACGACGGGGGGGCCGGCGAUGGCUAAAUUUUACGCGCUCGAGCGAGGGUCGGCCACGUCCUCGCCCAUUUGACCACGCUGUCAGAACAUAAGCAACCGCUUUAAUGAGAUCCGUGCGCUGGCGUAGAACCGGAGUCUCCUACUGAGAUGCGUUUAGCUUCACUAGAAAGUACUUUCGAACUAAAGUCAAUUCAGAGAUUUGUUUGAAGGUUAUUGCUGAAAACUUGGGACUCGGGGACGUUUAAACUCGUUGGCUAUCAUUAGAGAUGGGUCGCAAGGGACUCAUUUUCAGCCCAGGAAUGUCAUGCCUCACGCCGGCCCACUUUAUAUCAUUUAAAACAGGGAUGACCCGAUCGCAUAUUUUGGCACCCGAGUCCAAGUCACCUGAUUUUGGGAAUCUGCUGAUAAAGAGUCACGAUCCGAUAGCAAAAAAAAAAAAAAAUGGCGGAAACCCUCAGGUGACUUGAAGUUCCACUCUGAGACCCUCAAUUUGGCCAAAUUUCAAAACUGUCCUAUAGACCCUACCCACUGACGUCACAAAAUCACGUGCUCGCUGUAUGGUUCCGCCCCCUUGUCCGUCAUUUUGUGUCUGUAUUAUCAAUGGUCUCAAUUGAUCGAGCAAUUUAUAAUGCAUUUCAUGGAAGACCCGGUGCUUUCGGAUGCCGUAAACUCACUUGAUGCGUUGCAUAAAAGGCGUUAUGUGGAAAAGCUUCAGUUUAUCCAUUCGCCAGAUCCAUAUUUGAUGCCUAAAUCGAUGUUUUUCGACCCGCUGUCUCCGCCGUAUUUGCCUGACAUCUGCUAGCUAGCCUGAUAUGUACAACUAUCUUGUCCACACAAAAUCAGCCUAUUCUCACGAAAGUUUGAAAAACUUUAAGAGCUUGGAGGCUUAUAAAUACUUCGUUGCCGGUUGGGUGAAACAGGUCCUCGUCCACGAAAAUUCGGCAGGAAUCUAUCUUGUGCUUGGAAAGGUGAGUUACGAAAUUUUCAAUUCAAAAUCUUUUGUUCUUGCUAACAUCCACUGUCAAGUCUGAUGUAUUUCAUGUCGUUUGUCAAUGGAGUUAGGGCUUUUAAUGUUUAUAUGGUUUAGCGAUACGUGUAUGUUGUCGGCGAUUAGCCUAGCAAUGAUCUUAAUUGUGGUUGUCAGCCCAAAACCCUCUAAAUAUAUAUUAAAUGCAUCUUACCAGAUAUAAAAUGACUACUACAUAAUCUGUGGUAAUCGUUUGGAGCCCAGUUUUCUCGUCGAAUUGCAGCAGCCCAUCUCGCUCUCUUCUCUCCGGGUCUCUCGGAAUCCGGUAGAACUUCAAGUCUCUCCGUCUUCUCCGUCUAUCUUCUCUGUUAUUGCAACCGACCGCCACACACGCCUUCACCAUUUUGAUUAUUAAUGUUAACGAGCAGAAAAACACGUCGUAAAUAGGAGGAAUGUACGUAGCCGUAACAGGUAAACAUGAUGUGUUGACGGACAAUUGGGCGGCACCAGUCAGGAGGAAGGAGUUGUGACGUCAUGUGGGUAGGGUCUAUAUGCAUGUGUGAUACUUCAUUGGAAAGCUUAAAAUCUCUUUUCUGGGGGACGAAAUUUUUUGAAAAGGAGGACAUUUAAAAAAAAAAAAAAAAAAGUUUUUUUUUCUUUAAACCCUAAACCAGGGGUCGGCAACCCAAAAUGUUGAAAGAGCCAUAUUGGACCAAAUAUUAAAUAAUAUAUACCGUAUUGGCCCGAAUAUAAGAUGGCCCUUAUUAUAAGACGACCCCCUCUUUUUCAAGACUCAAGUUUGAAAAAAAGACUUUUUGAACACCAAAUUAAUUUUUAUACAAAAAAUAAUUACAGUACAUCCCAAACAAAUGAUUAUAACAAUAUAUUUGACAGAAAAAGCAUGUUAUAUUGCCUCAUUCAAAUCUUAAAAUCUGAACAUUUAAAUAUGUCAAGUAAAGUGCAAUCACAUUGGUAAAUGAAUGGCUUCUGGUUUUUGAAAUGUAAAUAAACCAAUCUAUUGUGAUAAAACAACCAUCAACCAUCAAAAUCUAACUAACUGUAGUCGUGAAACAAAUCUGAAUAAGGAAAAACUUGCAAUAAAAUAAUGCAAACUUGCUAGUAGCUUAGAUCUGUCAUGACAGAACAGCUUCAAUGAUAUCUGGCGCCAUCUAGCGUCGUGAAUGAGUAGAGUAGCUGAGAUCUGUCAUGACAGAACAUCACUUCAAUGAUAUCUGGCGUCAUCUUGCGUCGUGAAUGGGUAUAAUGUCUAGACCUCGAACACAAGACAACCCCCUCUUUUUCAAUCUCAUUCCAAUGCAAAAAACACCGUCUUAUAUUCGGGCCAAUACGGUAUUCUUCCAAAACAUUUUUGGCUUUCUCAGGUAAGUUUUGGCAAACUUCAGCCUGGCUCUCUGGGUCAGAAGUGGAGUCUUCCUGGGUAUCCUACCAUAUAGUCCCUUUUCAUUCAGACACCAACGGAUAGUACAGCUUGACAGCGUUGUACCCUCGGACUGAGGGACAGCUUGAACUUGUUCGGAGGUUAGUCGAGGUUAAUUAUCCAACAUAUGCUCUUUUGUUGAUAUCUCUCGUCAAGUUUUCUUUUCCGUCCACAUCUAGGGAGGUUAGCCACAGUGCCGCCGGCUUUACACUUAUUGAUGACACUGCGCACAGUAGACACCGGAAAAUUCCGGUCUUUGGAGAUGGACUCGUAGCCUUGAGAUUGCCCAUGCUUCCCCACAAUUUUGCUUCUGAAGUGCUCGGACAGCUCUUUGGUCUUUUAUCUUUUCUCCAUGCUCCAUGUGGUACACAUAAGGAAACAGGACAGAGGUUGAGUCAAAUUUAAUCCAUUUUAACUGACUGCAAGUGUGAUUUUGAAAUUUUAGAAAUUUGAGAAGCGUCACAUGAUUUUUCCAAAG